CUACUUGACUCCGCCGCUAACGGACUCGCCUCCUCACAAUCCGCGGAGAUGAGAUUAGGGUAAUAUUCGCGGUUCGGUUUGAGGACUUUCUUCCCCUUCCACUGGGAUUAUGUGGCGAGCGAGGCGGGGAGCAGCAGCGACACGGCGUGGUUACACCUGUUCACGCACAACUGCCCGCACUGCCGCCCACACUCAUUUCACUUUGGUUCAUUGCCACUUCGCCCUCCAGAAACACACAUUUAACCAGGAUAAAGUGCCAAAAGACACACGUCAUCGUGAACAAAUGACUUACAUCUUGGUGAAGGUUAAUUACGAGAGCCCUCGAGACAAUAUUCCAGGCUGUAAUAGUGAGAAUAGUUUUGUUUAGCGUCUUUUUUUCUCUCUUUUUUUCGCUCUGCUUUUCCCUCGCGGGUCUCUUCAGUCGGCGUCAACUCAUCACGUCCAGGUGCGCCGCGGCACGAAGCGGAACCAUCGACAAAGGUUCCGGGGAAGUAUUUCACAGACGCACCAAAGUUUUGAACGGCUCGUCGGUAAACACACGAACAAUCUUUGAGUGUGAUCCCGCUUCGCAUUUUAAAGGAUGGCCGUGACAGAAGAAAAACAGCAGAGCUAUGAGGAGAUGUUCGCUCACAGGUUCACUUCGGAGGACCAUGAGUACCAGGAGUACGUGAACAGACCUGCCGACCCACCUCCUAUAGUGGAGGACUGGCGAAGUCGUGGCGGGGGCCAGAGAGGCAGAGACAACCGGUAUCAGGAUCGUCGUGGAUACAGAGAUGGCGGCUGGGGAAGAGAGCGAGGUUGGGGCGGAGGUCCAGGCCGGGAUGGAGGCAGAGAAUGGAGAGGAGGCUAUCAUAGACCACGACACAUGCAAGAUGGAAGGGAGGGGGACAGAGACAGCAACUGGUCGCACAGAAGUGGGCAACAAUCCAGCUCCAGCCAGGGCUCAUAUCACGAGCGGCCACAUUACUACUGAAGAGGAUUCAGUCAAAUUUAGAAUCAGCAGCGUUACAUGCUUCCAGAGGUCUAAUGCUUUAUAUAGCUGUGGAGGCAACAGAUUAGGAGUUGAACUCAUGAUGAUUCUUGAUGCUUUCUUGUCUAUCUGUUAUAAACACAAAUAAAUCAUGUUAAUGGUAUGUUGCAUU